CUAAAGGUAGGAGGGCCUGGGGCCACACAGAUGCAUAUUGAUUGAAAAGGAAAUUUCAGCAUGCACGCUUAUAAAUGGCUCUCUCUUGCUCUGACCCUGUCUCAGUUUGGGCCAUCUUUUCCCUGUAUGCACAACUGUAACACUGAAGACUUGAAGCAAUCAUUUGUAAGACCUCGGAGAAUGAAACCUGGUGGCGUUCGGAGCUUGCUGUUUGUGCGGGAGGAACUCAUGUUAACACAUCCUUUGAAAUCAGUCCAGGCAAAGACCACUGCAGAAAAGGAAGAUAGCUCUCUGUCUGAUAGUGCGCCACAGUUCUUGGAUGGGCCUUAUGAAGCCACUGUUCCCGAAAUGUCUGCAGAAGGUACUUCAGUGAUUCAGGUUACAGCAACAGAUCCAACUGGUGCCCGGCUGUUUUACUGCAUUCCUCAAGAACAUCCCUAUUUUUCUGUGGAGCCAACAACAGGAGUGAUAAGAACGGCUUCCCCGAUGGACAGAGAAACACAAGAUCAGUACUUUGUUGUCAUCAAAGCCAGAAUUGGCCAAACUGGAGAACUUUCAGCAACAGCAACUGUAACUAUCAAUCUCUCUGAUGUGAAUGACAAUCCUCCCCGAUUUCAGCUUGAGCGCUUUGAGAUGAAUGUAUCUGAGGCAGCCGCUGUGGGCACCAUCCUAGGCAAAAUCAUGGCAGACGACAAUGACAUAGGAGAGAAUGCAGCCAUGGAUUAUGUAAUUGAAGGAGAUACCCCUCACAUCGUGCACAUCAUUACUAACAAUGAGACUCACGAAGGAAUUGUCAUAUUAAACCAGAGAGUGGAUUAUGAGAGUCGAAGGAUAUAUAAUAUAAAAGUGAAAGGUUUCAACAGACACAUAGAUAAGCGCUUCCUGAAAGAAGACACUAGAUUUGAAGACACAACUAUGCUUAGGAUCAGAGUGCAGGAUGUUGAUGAACCUCCAGUUUUCACAUCAGAAGAAUUCUUGAUGGAGAUUGCUGAAGAGGAGAUGAAUGAUUCAUUUGUGGGAGUUGUGACUGCCAGAGAUCCAGACUAUGCCAAUAGUCCAAUCAGGUAUUCUAUUGUUCCCAGCAACUAUUUAAGGGGAUUGUUCAGCAUCAAUGCACACAAUGGAACAAUUGGUAUAACUGAACCUCUGGACCGAGAGACAGCAGCUUGGCACAACAUAACUGUUACAGCCACAGAAUCAACAAACCCAAAUCAAAUAUCGAAAGUGAAUGUUUAUAUCCAAGUUCUUGAUAUUAAUGAAUAUGCACCAGAAUUUUCUGAAUCCUAUGAGACGUAUGUUUGUGAGAAUGCAAGACCUGGACAGCUCAUUCAGAUCAUCAGUGCAGUGGAUAAAGAUGAUCCUAUGGAAGGUCACAAUUUUUCCUUCUAUUUGCCCAAAGAACUCACAGACAACUCCAGUUUUUUAGUCGAAGAUAAUCAAAAUAACACAGCCAGAAUUGUUACCACAAGAAAUGGCUUCCACCAUCGAGACCAGUUUCUUUUUGCCUUGCCAAUCCUCAUUGCAGACGAUGGAGUCCCACCCCUCACCAGCACAAGCACCCUAACGGUCACCGUGUGUGACUGUGAUGAAGAAGUUAACCUGGUGUCAUGCAGAUAUGGAGCCAUCCUGUUUUCAAUGGGCAUCAGUCUACAAGCUUUAGUUGCUGUGGUGGCUUGUAUACUAAUAAUAUUGGUGUUCGUUCUGGCUAUCGUGGCCUUGAAGCAUGAGACGAAGCCACCUCUGUUUCAUGAGAAAGGAGAAGCAUUCAGAGAAAAUGUUGUGAAGUAUGACGAUGAAGGAGGUGGAGAGCAGGACACUGAGGCAUUCGAUAUUUCAGCACUGAGGAACCAAACUGUCCUAAGAGAGCACAAGCCUCGAAGAAACAUCACAACACAGAUCCAGAGCCUUUACAGGCAAUCUCUGCAGGUCGGUCCUGAGAGUGCCGUGUUCCGGGAAUUCAUUUCACAAAAGCUAGAAGAAGCCAACUGUGAUCCAGAUGUUCCCCCAUAUGAUUCCCUUCAGAUGUAUGCUUUUGAAGGAACUGGGUCAACUGCUGGCUCUCUUAGCUCUCUGGGAUCAAGUUCACCCGAUCCGGAUGAAAAAUUUGAUUACCUUCUUGAACUGGGGUCCCACUUUAAGCAAGCAGGAAGUUUUCAUGGCACUGCAAAAAAGGUCUAAAUUUUAGGA